AUGCCGUCUGUUUCUUGCUCCAUCACCUGGGUCCUGUCUACUACGCCCUGUGGGAAAUGCUCCGAAAGAAUUCUGGAGUUCCUAAGGGUGCAUCCCAAUGUGACCUUGGAAAUAUACGCAGCCAAGCUGUUCAAGCACCUGGAGACCCGUAACAGGCAAGGACUCAGGAACCUGGCAAUGAAUGGAGUCAUCAUACGUAUCAUGAAUCUUGCAGGAUCUACCUCCACUUCCCCCAGUUUCAGCUUCGCCAUCUGCCACCUAUUAAAUGGUUCUGUUUCCGAGCGGUGUAUCUUUCUAGGAGGGGUUUACAUGGCACUCAUG